AUGGGUUCACAACCAGCAAACGCCUUGGGCACAUUGCAGGAUGCAGGCACGAAAUUCAAGCCCUCAGAAGGAACAACCAACCCUUCACUUCUCUACAGCGCAGCCCAAAACCCAGCCUAUUACCACCUCCUCAUCCGCGCAAUCAAAUAUGCCAAAUCACUCUCCAUCUCCCUACCCUCCGAGGAGCGCUUGCAACUCGCAGCCGAAUUCCUCGCUGUUCAAUUCGGCACUGAAAUCUACAAACUCACAGGCCGAGUGUCGACAGAGGUCGAUGUCAUCCACUCCUUCAACAAAGAAGCAACUAUCGCCGCCGCAUUGCGAAUGAUUUCUCUCUACGCCGCGCAAGGCGUCCCAAAAGACAAAGUCCGCAUUAAAAUCAGCGCCACAUGGGAAGGGAUUAAAGCCGCUUCAUUCCUAACCCAUGAACAUGGCAUCAGUGUCCUGAUUACCAUCGUCUUCGGCAUGGUGCAAGCUAUCACCGCUGCUGAAGCAGGCGUGGCGUGCAUAGCUCCUUAUGUGGGAAGAAUCAGCGACUGGCAUAAGGCGCAAGGAAUGACGGGUGGUGAUAAAGGGGUUGAGAUUGUGAGGGAUAUGCAGAAUUAUUUGAGGAAGUAUGGAUACGGGACAAAGGUCAUGGGUGCGAGUUUUAGAAACACGGAGCAAGUUAAGCAGCUAGCUGGAACGGAUCUGUUGACGAUUUCUCCCGUGGUGUUGGAGCUGCUUGAGAAGGAGAAGGGGGAUUUUGGGCCGUGCUUGACGAGUGAAAGUGCUCAAGCAGCAGACCUUCCAAAAGUGUCGUAUAUCAAUGACGAGAAUGCGUUCCGGUGGGCAUUCAAUAUGGAUGCAUGUGCCGUGGAGAAGUCGGCGGAGGCUAUGCGGAAGUUUGCUGAAGACUCGAAGAAAUUAGAGGGCUUGCUCGCUGAGAUGUUGUGA